GCGGGCGGAAGAGGAAAGGUCGGGGCUGAGAGGCUGUAGAGAGACGUGGACGCUCCGCAGUGAUGGCUGCCCCGAAGGCCUCUGUGGCUGGCGGUGUCUCGUCGGGCGCCGCGGGCACCAACUUGCUCUUCUCUUCCUCGGCUACUGAGUUUAAUUUUACCGUUCCCUUCAUCCCAGUAAGCCAAGCCCCUGCGCCGCCUUCUCCUCACUCUGUUACCUCGGGGCCUGGUCUCCUGCCUGCCGAUGAUGCUACGGAUGUUGGUGAAGAAGACAGCUUCCUUGGCCAGACUUCUGCAACUCCUAAUCCCCCAUCAACUUUCAGUUAUUUCUCCCAAGUUCCUAGCAGCAGUGAUCCCUUUGGAAGCAUUGGACAGCCACCCUUAGGAGUAACAACCUCACUGCCAAGUGGAACAUCUGUUUUCUCUAAGCCCCCUGUUCCUCUCCCUCUUCAACCGGGAACACAGGAUGGGCCAAACACUUUUCCAGCCCCUCUUUCCAAAUCUCAGUCUUUUAAUAAACCACCUACUUCACUACCUGGCAUUGGUUCCUAUCAGACCCCCCAGCAGACUGGACACCCUCCAGCUGGCUUCACAACUCCGCCUCAUGGCACACUGCAGCAAGGCUAUAACCCAUAUCGCCACACUGCUUUAAGCAGUAGAGCCAAUCCUUAUAUUACUCCUCCACAGCUACAACAGACUGAAGCACCCAGCCAGAGUGUCCACCCUCCACCCUCAGUACCUCCUAUGCAGAUGUAUUCAACACCUCCAGGGGCACUGCCACCGUUUUCAUCACCUCAGUCAGCAUUGUCACCACAGACAUCCAUGUCAACAGGUGCUUUGGUGAAGGCGCCUCCUACUUUGUUCCAUAAUCAGUAUGAGCGAGUCCAGCCUCAUUGGUUUUUCUGCAAAGAGGUGGAAAACAAGGAGGUUUGGAUGCCAUUCAGUGUUUUGGAUUCGACAAAUCUCGAGGAAGUCUACAACUCUGUGCAACCUGAUCCAGAAAGUGUGGUUUUAAGCACCGAUGGAGGACGUUAUGAUGUUCACCUUUAUGACCGGGUGAGGAAAGCUGUGUACUGGGAGGAAGAACAAUCUGAAGUAAGACGAUGUACUUGGUUUUAUAAAGGAGACAAUGACAGCCGAUUCAUUCCUUACACAGAGGAUUUCAGUGAAAAGCUAGAGGCAGAAUACAAGAAAGCUGUCACCAUGAAUCAGUGGCAUCGACGACUGGAAUUUCCAGGUGGAGAAACUAUUGUUAUGCAUAAUCCUAAGGUUAUUGUUCAGUUCCAGCCUUCUUCUAUACCAGAUGAAUGGGGUACCAUACAAGAUGGUCAAACAAGACCAAGAGUAGUAAAACGUGGGAUUGAUGAUGAUCUUGAUGAAAUUCCAGAUGGUGAAAUGUCUCAAGUUGACCACUUGGUGUUCAUGGUGCAUGGCAUUGGCCCUGUUUGCGACCUUCGAUUUAGAAGCAUUGUUGAAUGUGUUGAUGAUUUUCGGACAGUGUCCCUAAAGCUGUUGCAGACACAUUUUAGGAAGUCAUUAGAAGACCAUAAAGUGAACCGGGUUGAGUUCUUGCCAGUCCAUUGGCAUAGUGCUUUGCAUGGGGAUGCAACAGGGGUGGACAGGAAUAUUAAAAAAAUAACUUUACCAACCAUUGGACGUCUUCGUCACUUCACCAACGAGACUCUGCUUGAUAUAUUGUUCUACAAUAGUCCAAUCUACUGUCAAACGAUUGUGGAUAAAGUAGGAUUGGAAAUGAACCGUCUGUAUGCACUUUUCAUGAGCAGAAAUCCUGAUUUUAAAGGAGGAGUGUCUGUAUCUGGUCACAGUUUAGGUUCCUUAAUUUUAUUUGACAUAUUAUCCAACCAAAAAGAUUGGACUUCCACGGUUAAUUCUGUGACGCCUGCUACUGCCAAUGGUGUUGUGAAGGACAUUGCUGAAUGUGACCAGCAGAUGACAGUGGAUGCUAAUUCUGCCAGUUCACUGCAUGCUCUUUCCGAUGAACAUUCAGACCAUGAUGUAGAGGAGUAUAUUCCAACCUUACAAGAAACCUUGGAAACAUUGAGCUUGUCUGAGUAUAUCAGCACAUUUGAAAAUGAGAAGAUUGAUAUGGAAUCCCUGCUAAUGUGUACAAUUGAAGACCUGAAGGAAAUGGGAAUACCUCUUGGGCCGCGAAAGAAAAUUGCAAAUUUUGUGAAAGACAGAGCAGCUAAACAAGAACAAAAAAAAGCAGCAUUAGAAAAAAAGGCAUCAAUGGCCUCCUUUUUGCAGAACCAAGGAGAAGUUGAUCAGACGAGACAGAAGGCGGUUACUCUAGCUGUAUCUUCAGAAUCUGGUAAACUCCAGGAUUCAGCCAAACGAAGACUUUCUGUUGGAGCUUCAGUUUCAUCUGCACACAUUGACUAUGAGUAUUUUGAAGUGGGUACCGGUCAGGUAUCUGUGGCUUACAGUGCACUGGACUUCGAGCCAGAAAUUUUCUUUGCCCUGGGUUCUCCAAUAGGUAUAUUUCUGACUGUAAGAGGAGUGGAAAGAAUCAAUGAAAAUUACAGGCUUCCUACAUGCAAGGGUUUUUUCAACAUUUAUCAUCCGCUUGAUCCAGUUGCCUACAGAUUAGAACCUAUGAUUAUUCCUGAUACUGACAUAAAGCCAGUUCUUAUUCCACAUCACAAAGGCAGAAAAAGACUUCACCUUGAACUGAAAGAUUCUCUGUCUCGCAUGGGAUCAGAUCUGAAGCAAGGUUUCAUCAGCUCUUUGAAAAGUGCUUGGCAAACCCUGAAUGAAUUUGCACGUGCUCACACAUCCUCUCCUCAACUCCAAGCAGAGCUGGAGAAAGUGGCUAAUCAGAUUAAAGAGCAAGAAGAGAAAGAAGCCGUGGAAGAAAAGAUCACGGAAAGUCCAGAUCUUUCAAAGGAUGAAGAAUUGUCCAUAAAAAUUGGCCUGCUAAAUGGAGGCCGUCGUAUUGAUUACGUUUUACAAGAAAAACCCAUAGAAAGUUUCAAUGAAUAUUUGUUUGCUCUACAGAGCCACUUGUGUUACUGGGAAUCAGAAGACACUGCUUUGCUUCUCCUGAAAGAAAUUUAUAGAACUGUAAAUAUCUCUCCUGAACAGCUGCAACAUUGAUGUAUAGAUACUUGUCAUUUGGAAUUCUUGUCAUUUGGAAUUUUACUGAGAGAUGACCAGGCUGGGCUCGCAUUCUUGCAUCUUGCUCUGUGUUCCUUGGCAUAGGGAACAGAAAAGAAUGAGCCAACAAAAAAUAAUUCUUGAUUGACAAUGAUGGUGGCUAAGAUGUGUAUUUCUUAACAUGAUUUGAAGAGUGGACUUGUAAAAAUCAAAUGCGCCUGCAGCCCUGUAAUGGACAAGGAGUUUUCUGAAGAUCAAAUUUGAAGGAGCUUUGGCCUGGCCAAGAACAUUUCCUACUUUCUCCUAGUGAAAUAUGCCAGUCACAUAGAGGAGUCUCCACAUGCUGGACUUCUGUAACUUCUUUGCUGUUGUUCUGAUUCUCUUUAACAUAUUAACUUACUUUUCAGUAAUGAGGGUAUUACAACUUAUUUUUGCUACUCUUUUGCAUAGUGGAUUCUUGUAAAACAAUAGCCUUUUAAAAGUGUAUCUUUUUUUCUUUUUGCAUUCUUAACAUUAAUUUUCAGAAAGAUGGUUGUUGCUGUGUUGGUUGCGAAAAAGUAGUCACACAACAGAUGAGGUGAUGCUGUAAAUCUCUUUCGAUAGAUUAGAGCAGCUCACGUUAAAAGAUGCUGUGAUGCCAUUGGGCCUUCUCCAGCAAGCAUUUGUGUUUGUGUCAGCAUCAACAUCCACUCUGUCUUAGAAGGCAACGGAAUGUUCUCAGUACAACCUUUUUCAUUCUGGAUAUUUGGCACUUUGUUCAUCACAAUGAAUUUUCCCUUCAGUCAUUUGUUACAACAGAACAAAGUUGUCAAGAAUGCAGGAUGGAGCAGCUUCUUGUCAAGUAACAUAACAAGUGGGAAAGCUCUUCCAUAAAUCGUGGAUUAAAAAUGUCUUCGAAGAGAUUCCAGACCCUACAAUUGAUAUUCAGAUUGCAUUCUCGGUUGUCCUGGAUAACAUGCCAAAAAAUGAAAGAAGUGCAGAGGUUUUCCAAGAACGGGCCACAGUGUUCAAUGUGUGGAAUGUGCUGAAGUUAUUGCAUAAAGGCAGCCCAAAUAAAUGUAUUGCUUAAAAUAAAAACAAGAAGGUGUUUGUUUAUAACUUCAAUGUUAAUUUAAAGGAAAAGGCUGCUGGAGAGGUUUACUUUCCUUUUGCUUCUUCAAUACUGUUUAGUGUUGAAAGCUGAUUAAACUGUUCCAACUGAUUGCCUAGAACACA